ACAAAAUGGCGGCAUCAGUAGACGAGUAUUUGAAGGCAGCAGUCGAAGUAGCAAAGAAAGCUAGCGAGGUCAUCAAUGAUGCAUUGCACAAGGAAAAACUCAUCACUACAAAAGACGGCAUGAGUGAUUUGGUGACUGAAACAGAUCAGCAAGUAGAAAAACUGAUCAUAGGAACUCUUAAGGAAAGAUUCCCAACACAUAGUUUUAUAGGCGAGGAGUCAGUUGCUGCUGGAGAAAAAUGUGUUUUUACUGACAAUCCAACUUGGAUUAUUGAUCCCAUAGAUGGUACAACUAAUUUUAUACACAGGUAUCCAUAUUUUGCCGUUAGCAUUGGACUUGCAAUAAAUAAAGAGUUAGCAGUGGGUGUCGUUUAUAAUGUUGCCAUGAAUGAACUGUAUACAGCUGUAAAAGGAAAAGGAGCUUUCCUGAAUGGAAAGAAAAUUCAAACAACUAAAGAAAAAGAAAUUGGCAAGGCCUUAGUUAUUACUGAGUUGGGAUCAAACCGUGAAAAGACCAGGCUUGACAUUUUAAUGAGAAACUACCGUAGAUUAGCAGAAGAGCCAAACGCAGUACAUAGUAUUCGUUUACAAGGGUCGGCAGCUUGCAACAUUUGCACUGUAGCAAAUGGGGUUGCUGAUGCUUAUUAUGAAUUUGGAAUCCACUGUUGGGACAUCGCAGCAGGCAUUUUGAUCUUGACAGAAGCUGGGGGUGUGGCCACUAACCUUGAAGGUGGUCCUUGCGACAUCAUGUCCAGGUUUGUCAUGGCUGCAAGUACAAAAGAACUGGCUAGUGCUGUUUGUCAGCAAUUGGAACGUAUAGACUGUCCCUCAGAUUAACAAUGUACACUACACAGGUAGCCCACUAGGUAACAGUGACAACACAUAGAACAUGUAGACUAUCCCUUAGAUUAACAAUGUACACUACACAGGUAGCCCAUUCCCUAGGUAACAGUGACAACACAUUGAACAUGUAGACUAUCCCUUAGAUUAACAAUGUACACUACACAGGUAGCCCAUUCCCUAGGUAACAGUGACAACAUAUAGAACAUGUAGACUACCCCUCAGAUAAACACUGAACACUACACAGGUAGCCCACUAGGUAACAGUGACAACACAUCUGUACACUACACAGGUAGCCCACUAGGUAACAGUGACAACACAUCUGUACACUACACAGGUAGCCCACUAGGUAACAGUGACAACACAUCUGUACUCUACACAGGUAGCCCAUUCCCUAGGUAACAGUGACAA